AGGAGGGGGAGGCGGUGGUGGGACUGAGGGAAAACCGGGUUGCUGCUCACGGAGAAUCCGAGUUUUUCUUCUUUCGCGAUUCAGAGGGGAUUGGGACGCAGGAAGAAUUUAAAGAGACAUGCCAGUACCUCUUGACUGUUCAGGUGCUGAGUUUCAGUUGAGCCAUACUCCUCUGCCAGUGCCUGCCUUCUUCAGGGAAGCAGAAUGCAGUUUUUCCAUCAAAAAGACCCGCCAAGCCCUCAGCUAUACCCUUCCUCCACGGCCACGCCACAAGAGCACAUUAACUGUGAGCCGAAUUUUCUCUGACCGCCAUUUGCAGCCUUGGACUAAGCUCCAGCCACGUAGUGUUUCCUUCCAUAGCUUGCACAAGCAGCAAUCACUUCUACAUAGUCAUCUGUAUGAUGCCUCUAAAAGAGAGUUGUUUUUCAGGCAAUGCUUCCAGAAACUGAGCUGUUUGGGACGAGGAUCUUUUGGGGAGGUAUAUAAGGUACGGUCUCAUGAAGAUGGUCAAUUGUAUGCAGUGAAGCGUUCUGUAGAGCCUUUCCGGGGUGAGGGUGAUAGGCAGCGCAAAUUGGCUGAGGUGCGCAAGCAUGAGCGUGUGGGGCACCAUCCCAACUGUGUGAGCUUUGUACAAGCCUGGGAGGAGCGUGGUCAAUUGUACAUCCAGACAGAGUUGUACCCGGGCACCUUGUUGCAGUACUGUGAGGAAUGUGGGCCUCUGUCCGAAUGGCAAGUUCAGGCCUUUCUCUGGGAUAUGCUUCAAGGACUGCGCCAUUUACAUGAUCGUAACCUUCUACACAUGGAUAUCAAGCCAGCUAACAUCUUUCUAUCAUCUACCAAUGUCUGUAAGCUGGGCGACUUUGGGCUAAUGCUGGAGUUGGACUCUGGGGAUUUGAAAGAUGCUCAAGAAGGGGAUCCACGCUACAUGGCCCCGGAACUGCUCCGUGGAGAAUAUACCAAGGCUGCUGAUGUCUUCAGUCUAGGCAUAACUAUCCUAGAAAUUGCCUGUAAUAUGGAGCUCCCCAAUGGAGGUGAAGGCUGGCAGCAACUUCGACAGGGUUAUUUGCCCCCAGAAUUCACUGCAGGUCUCUCCGUUGAGCUGCAAAAACUUCUAGUUGCCAUGUUGGAACCUGAUCAUUUUCUCCGGCCCUCAGUGGAGAUGUUGCUUAAUUCUAGUCUCAUGCAGAAAACUGAGAAGUGGCGAAAACUCAUGUUGUUAGUGCAAUCUGGGAUCCAGCAGGGUGUCUCCAUGUACAAGGCUCUCCUCAGGUUCAUACAGUGGCUCUGGGGAGCUCUGUGCAGUCCAGCUCAGUGGUUGCUCUUUUGGCAUCAGACUGUUCCAGUCACACCUCCACAUUCACCCUUUCUUCUUCCCCUGGAAAACUGCAGUCUCUCUAGUCACUGGGGUGAAGAAGAUGUGGGUGAUGAAGAGAGCCUUGGGCAGGCUGUACUUGAUCUCUCUGAGAUAAAUGAACGACAUAAUCACACUUGCCCUGUGGAGCUACAGUCCUUAGAUAAACAUCCUAGUUCUCCCCUGCUUACCAUAUGCCCAUGUGCAGGAAGCACCUCCACACCACGGCAUCCCUCAUCCCAACAGAUUGGUUGCAGGAAAAACAGGUCUUUUACACCCCAGGGAAGUCCCAACCUUAAUUGCAUUAGUCUGAAGUCUCCAUGCAGCAGCCCCACUUCAUCAAACAUAUUACCUGCGAAUAGCUUGCAGCACACACCAGCAUAUGAGGAUACAGAAGAUGAAUGGGUAUCGGUUUUACCUCAAUGCUCAAAUAAGUGCUCCACUUUUGAGCCAAAAAAUUUGUUAAACUUAUUUGAGGAUUCUCUGGCACCUCAGCAAAAAUGUCAGAGCUGAUGGGGGAACUAUAUUUAUUUGCUGGUUUGCUUAGGCCCUUUUUUGGAACAGGAAGAGGUUUUUGCCAUUAACGUUAUGUUAGAGGUUAAUAUGCUCAGAGUUUUGACUGAGAUCAGACUAGCAAAGGAAAGGCAAGUUUGUAUGGAUGCUUUGCUUUGUGUACAUUUUAUCUACUUGAGUCAUAUAUACAGCUGCUUUUAAGAUGAUUUAAGAAUAGUAUUUUGCUGGCAAUCAGUAGAAAGCAGAUCAUACUCUGCCAUCAUUUUAGGGAAAAGGCAUCCUACCUUUAUACAAAUUUGAUGCUUGAAUACAUUCUGUACGCAUUUCUUUUUUAAAUUUUGUCCCUUUCUGUUUGUGUCCCAAAGAUUUGUUGUCAUUUGUGGAAUUGGACUUUGAGUAUCGGGAGUGAAUAAUCUUUCAUAAUGUGAUUUUACAAAGGUGGCAGUCAUGACAA